ACAAGUGCCACCAACUCAGAUCACCAGUGCAUCUACCCAGAUGUUCGUGAGGUUUACCUCAGACCACAGUGUCACGGCUCGGGGGUUCCGGUUUUCCUGCACAGCCACAGACAUAGCCAUAGCUGACACAGAGGAUUGCCAGGUGGGAGAUGGUUCAACCUACAUAGGAACAGUCUCUGUGACCAGAACAGGCAAGACGUGUCAGCGCUGGGGCAGUCAGACACCCCAUAGUCACCAAUACACACAUCUCUGGCAUCCGGAUUGGGAGAACUACUGCCGGAAUCCGGACGGCUCAUCCGGAGUGUGGUGCUACACCAUGGAUCCCAGCACUAGAUUGGAGCUGUGUGACGUACCGAUCUGUGCACAGAACAGUGGCCUUGGGUGUAGAAGUACCCUGACGGCUCCGCCCGGAGGUACUGUGACGUCACCUAACUACCCCAAUGACUACGACAACGAUGUGACAUGUGUGUGGAAGAUCAUCGUGGCAGAAGGAAUGAUGGUUCGUCUCACCUUCGACAGCUUCCACCUUGAUGACGAUGGUGACUACGUGGAAAUCUACGAUGGAAGCAGUGAUAGUGCUUCAGAGUUGUUGAUAAGCUUAAAAGGGCAAAUGUCAGUCAAUGACAUCACCAGCACGUCUAACAUGAUGUUCGUGAGGUUUACAUCUGACGAGGCAGUCACGGCUCCGGGGUUCCAGUUUUCCUACAUAGACACAGCCUUUGAAUGGGGAGGUACCCUGACGGCUCCCCCUGGAGGUACUGUGACAUCACCGAACUACCCCAAUGACUACGGCAACGAUGUGACUUAUGAGUGGACGAUCACUGUGACAGAAGAAAGCAUGGUUCUUCUUACUAUUGAAAGCUUCCACCUUGAGGACGGUUUCGACUUUUUGACAAUCUACGACAAAGACGGUGAUAGGAUUACACCAUUCAAGAGGUAA